AUGCCCCAAGGCGAAUUAUGGUCCACUUUAGUUACCGCCAUCGAUCCCGGUAGUAUCAAAGCCAUGCCGGCCGUUCUUCAGUCGACGAUUGAUCUUUUGGAGACGGAACUAGCCAAGGCCAGAGCCGCGCUUCAUGAAAUCCAACCCGUCACUGACCCCUUGUUCACGAGGAGAGAUGAGCUCGCCCUUGGUGCGGUGGCAGCAUAUCGUCAGAACCUCAUCGACCGUGCGCCGGGGUUCUUCUAUGGCGCGAGCCGAUUGACACCAAAGGAACUGGGCCUUGUCCCUACCAUCCGUGAAGUACAGGCAGAUGAUGAUGACGAGGUUGUGUUGACUCAGCCCAAGCAACAGCAUCAACCUGUCCGACCCGUAUCGCCUAAGCGCGCCUCUUUGGUUGACGUCCUAUCAAAUAGUUUGAUUCUCGAUCAUAUGGCGCCGUAUCUUUCGGUACCGUCAUUGUUCGCUCUGACAUCGACGUCUCGCCUUGUCCGAUCCUUAAUCAUGAAUACGCCUUAUGUUUUCCGACAUCUCGAUCUGACCCAAUGUCACGGGGCCAAACUAGCCAGUCCAACUACUAUGGACUCUACUGAGCAAACGGGGAGGAGCGAGCAAAGGAACGACUCUAUGACCGAGGACGAAUACUACUCGGCACCUCUGAGGACCAUCUUUGCCAAUUUGGAAAGGAAGACGCUCCUGCAAGACGUGCGUACAUUGAUCUUGGAUGGCCUGUCCGUCCCGACGGAUCUGAUUGCGGAAAUAAUCCUUACAGAUCGGUUCAACAUCAAUAUUCUGUCGAUAAGAGAGUGUCGCCAUCUCAAUGAGCGUAAACUUAUUCAGGUCAUAAACCAUGCAGUCCGACCCACGCGUCCCAAGGGCACACCGCGCGUGAAAGGCAUCUACCAUUUCGCUCCUUUGCAAUAUUCUCGUGCGAUGGUUCGCAGCAAAUACCGAGAUUGGUGGAGCGCACGAUGUUCCGGCCAAGUCUCUUGCACGACUCCGACUUCUGAAGACAGCAGCUCCGCAGCCAGUGAUUACACUGAAAGUAAUAUGCAUCAACAGAAUGCAUGGUAUCGACCAUCUGGACAGCUCUUCAAGCGAAGCAUUGAGGAUGGCUGGGCAGAGACGAUCAAGAAAUGCGAAGGCAUCAUUGCCUUUGACGCAGUAUUGUGCCACGGUCCCCGACACGACGUUGAUCUCUACACCCCAAUACUGCAGAACCAGGAUGGAUCUCAUCCUAAAGGCCGACUGCUUGGGCCAAAACUUGCCACUGUUGCACUAGGCCCCCGAGGAUGUGAUAGCUGCCACACCUCACCCGAGGGCCCGACGUUUUGGGGCCAGUACCCGGACGAUAAGCUUCCUCUGCUUACGCCGCCACCGUACCAUACUUCCUCUGUAGCCAAGGCAAAACGCCCGGUGUUGCUUCCGGACGAGCAACCAAGUCUAAUCGCUCGCUGCACGGAGUGUUUGACUGACCGGUGGUGCCAUCGUUGCAACAAAUGGUUCUGUGAAGAUUGUUUGCCUCAUCCCGACCGCGUAAGGAACGAUCUCUCGCCGCACCAAACCGCAGUCAGGGGUCCUCGGAGCAGCCAGGAUAGUACUGAACAGCCCCAAGACCAUACGCAGUUUGGUCCCGGCGUAAGUAAAGACUGUUGGGAAUGCGGUCCGACGUGUGCCCGGUGCAAGGCGGAGUGUCAGCGAACCUGCCGGAGCUGUCGAGGCGAUUAUUGCGUUGAGCACAAUGAGGGAUGCUCCUCAACGAUGUGCGAUUGGUGCAAUACUAGUACAAGGCAUCGUGUGAGGGAAUUAUAUUGA